GCGGCGGCGGUGCCGGCCAUGGCGGGUGGGCUGUGGCGGCUCUGCAAUCUGCUGAUGGCCGCCUUCUUCGGGCUGGCGGCCGCCGUGCAGGUGAACGACCCCGACGCCGCGCUGUGGACAGUUGUCUACUUGGUGCCAGCUGCCCUGACGCUGCUUGUCAGCAUUAAGCCCUCAAUAACAGAUAAUAGUGUUUGGAAGAGCCUCUGUGACCUUCAUUCUGCUGGUUGUAUUGUUGGGACUAUUGCCUUGGCUUGCUCUUUGUUUGCCUAUGCUCAAGGAAACAUUUUGCAGGAAGAGGAAGGCAGAGAGUUAUUUGGUCUGGUGAUUAUUACAAUAUGGAUGAGUCUUUGUCGCAGUUCAGCAAAGAGUCCCCUGGGUGGAGUUCGCCUGAUUGCAGCAGUUGUGGUCACCCUCUGCCCCUUUGUUUCGUGGCUGUACAUUUAUGUGAACAAAGAGAUGCGAGCAUCGUGGCCAACGCACUGUAAAACAGUGAUUUAAGCGGGUAGGAGAAAGCGUACAAUAAAUAUUCUGACCUUACUUGCCUUUGCUUUUGGUUCUUAAUAAAACGUUAGUGUCAGUGUGACAGGACCCGAAACUGCCUGGUGGCUUCUAGUAAUGUCAUUGGAGAUUUGUUAAAAAAGUUGAGGAACACCGUCAAAUCCGAGUAGAGAAUUUUUCUAUGGAAACUGUUGUUCAGAAGCUGCCUUCUUCAUACGUUUUCAAAGCACUGUUGGUCUAAUGUGUGUUCUAAUGAUAUAUUCAAGAUACCUUGGCAUCCCUGGAUUGCUCUCCAACCCCCUUGAACUUUGGGAAAUCUUUUCUAUAACAUAAGGGAAAAGUAAAGCAUUUGUUUCAAUAAAUGACUAUUUACAACCAUAAAACUUGCAGAUAUUUGCCUGGAUGGUCCCUUGAGCCUAAUUGAAAAAUUCAGCUGUCUGUAUUUCUGUUCCUACACUAAAAUCAUACGGUAGAAUAUAUCUGAAGAAAUAUUUUUGCUGUUAUCUGAAAAUCACUGGUUUUACAGAAUGAUAAAUACUAUUUUUCUAAAUGAAA